AGAAGACGUUCGUGUGAUGAUAACCCGAGAGGUUGCGGAAUGGCGUGAGCUGCAAAUAACAUUAAACCUGCUGAAUGUCACUGAGAGAGUAACUCCUUCUGAGGCAGCAGGCCUGCAGUGGACGGACGUCAGGUCAGAUGAAGGCUCUGAUCGAGCAGAGCAGCUUUCUCCAUGAGUUCCUGCUCGGUCUCGAUGCGCAGUGCGCUGCAGCUGCUGCUGCUGCAGUGUAAACAACAGUGUCCGGGGCUGCAGCGCAGAUCCCUGCUCUCUGUCAGCGAGCAGACCGCGUUCGGAUAUUAGAUUCAUUCAUGCGCAAAACUUCCUCCUGCAACCCAGAUUCGCUUGGAACUCUCUGCAUCUGUGCGCAACUUCAGGAAAAUCCGCGCGCAAUGCUUCCUCCGCAUCCCCAGAUGGACACCGUUGAAGGCGCAUCAGCAUCAGCACCAUGACUGGCAGCCAGGACGCCGCGCGCGCUGAGGAGGACACGACUCCGACCUUGCGCCUUCAGCCGCCCUGCGAGCGCCUGUCCGGCUGCCACAAGAGCGGCGUGUGCUCGCGCUCCUACUUCUGGGUGGUGAUGGUGUUUUUUCACGUCUACAUUUUGAAUGUCAUCGCGCUGCUCUUCUACGUGCACUACAGCAGCGGGCAGGAGGACGCCAGCCGGAGCCGCGAUGCUCCCGGCGGCGGCCGCCCCGACGCUGCGCGGCCGCCAUCCGGAGCCGAGUUUGUGCGCGACGUUUCCCUGACCAGAAUCGACGGCAUCAGGGUGGGACAUGUCCAGAAAGUGUCUUUGGUGAAAGGGAAAGUCCACGAGAUGCGGACUCUGAGUCUGAAACCGCUGCUGUUUGAGAUCCCCGGUUUUCUGUCCGACGAUGAGUGCCGAGUGGUGAUGCAGCUGGCACAGCUGAAGGGCCUGAUGGAGAGCCAGCUUAUGGUACAGGACGGUCAAGAGGAGCUGGCCAAGGAGCUGAAUCUCAGUCCAGAGGAGAUCUUUAACCUCCUCGACAUCAAUCAAGACGGACAGCUGCAGCUCCACGAGAUAUUGACUCAUUCUCGAGUGAGGGACGGCAUCUGGCUGACUCCGGAGAAUCUGAGGGAAAUCUAUGCUGGACUUAAUGCGGACAAGAAUAAUGAUGGUUUACUGAAUUUAAAGGAGUUUAGGCUUCUGAGCUCUGAUGCCUUCCAGCACUUUCUUCUGCAGCGAGGAGUGAAAAGGAGUCAGCUGGUGCGGAACAGCAGGCACACCUGGCUUUAUCAGGGCGAGGGAGCGCACCAGGUGCUCCAAGACAUUAAAGAGCGAGUGACACGCCUCACUCGUCUCCCAUCCACAAUCGUGGAUCUGAGUGAACCACUUCAGGUCGUUCGCUACGAGGAGGGGGGGCACUACCACGCUCACCGAGACAGCGGGCCGGUCUACCCGGAAACGGCGUGCACACACACGCUCCUUGCAGCUAACACCUCCACACCCUUUGAGACGUCAUGCAGGUACAUCACAGUUCUCUUCUACCUGAACACUGUUGACGGCGGCGGAGAGACGGCGUUUCCUGUGGCGGACAACAGAACCUACGAUGAGAUGUCUCUCAUUCAGAAUGACGUGGAUCUUCUGGACACCAGAAGGAACUGUGACAAGAGUAACCUGAGGGUGAGACCCACCAAAGGGACGGCUGUUUUCUGGUACAAUUACCUCUCUGAUGGAAAAGGCUGGGUGGGAGAGCAGGAUGAAUACUCGCUGCAUGGAGGCUGUGUGGUGACCCGCGGCACUAAGUGGGUUGCCAAUAAAUGGAUAAACGUGGAUCCAGAUUACCAGCGACAGGCUCGCUACCAGCAGCUGGUGUCCCAGCUGCCGCAGGAUGAGAGCGAUGAAGGUCCAGCUCUGAACGCAGAGACGCAGCGGUCCAGCGUCCACCAGGAGUUGUAGCUCACAUGCCAAAAAUGUCAAGAAAUCUUCCUCAGUCUCGUGCACAACUUUUUUUUUUUUUUGCGAUCUUCCUUUGUGGCUGGUUUGUAGAGAGAAGGGGCCGCAUGUAUGAAGCGUGUAAAAAUCUCUAUGCAGGAUUUUGUUUGUUUUUAGAGAAAUCUCUUCUGAAAACACGAUGUCAAAACAGUGGAGACAUUUUUUUAUCUUAUAUAUGCGAUCAGACAAAAAACGAGCCUACCAGGGGGUGUGAUGAGGUAUUUGACCCUUCACGCUGUUGCCUAACUAUGUAGCCACAAGGGGACCCAAGUCUGGGUCUCCCUGUGCCGGUCCCCAGCCCGCAUAAAAUACAAGGUUGUGUCAGGAAGGUGUAGAAACUCUCUGCCAAACCACCUGUGUGAAUCUCUGAAAGCUGAUUGGCUGUGGCAACCCGACGGGAUGUGCCGAAAAGUGAACAACAACAAACAUACUGUGUGAAAUUAUAAAAAUUUCAUUAUUUUGUAAUUAGGGCUGGGUCAUAAUUUACUAAUAUCUUUUAUUUUUAACAGGCAAAAACACUUUUUCUGUUCAUUUUAAUGUAGAAUUCCUACUAUUAUUUAUGAAAAUGUCAUCUUAGUGUAGUUCAAAUCACUAUUUUUGUUAAGUUGGUCAGAGAAACAAAGAUCAUGUAAUGCUCGUGUGUCAAAGUUAAGGCCCGGGGGCCGGAUCCGGCCCUCCAGAUCAUUUUAUUUCAUUGUUAUUAAUGGCCCGAUGUUAUCUUAAGCUCAUUUCUAACUUGUAUCAUUUUGACAAAACGUAUUUUU